AUUAAAUUUGAUAAUUAUUCAGAGCACGAAAGAAAUAAAAUAGGGAAAUAAAAACCGAUGGUGGAAAUAAAUAACGGUUAUCUAAUACCCGUGAAAUAAAAACAGUCUUUAUCUAUGAUUAAUAGUCUUUACUGACAAAUCAAUAUUAUGUGUAAAAAUUUUGCUCUGAAGCGGAUUGUUGAUAAACGCUCAGUCAGUAUAUAAAGGACUUAGUCGUGUCCGUCCUUAUCCCGUCCAUCGCAUUUCAUAGACGGCGAUUCCUUAAGCUGAUUAUGUCGGAGUCACUCCUCUGAAGCUUGUUAAGAAGCUUAACUAUACUCCGUUACACAACGUGUCGCCAACACUGUUUCGACAGGAAGACCGAUUUUACAUUUUAAUUAUCGAUACAUAACUAGUAAACAAUGAACCAGAAAUAAACCAAAACUUAAAUAUUUACUUCAUAAUUAAUUAAAUUUUAAAAAUGACAAGCAGUUGGAAGAAAUAUAUUUUGUGGUUUGCACAAGAACAUUUAGAUUUCCGUGUUGCCGAAUUCAACUCAAUCAUUAAGUUAUUUGGAUUGAAGCAUCGAAAAUUAAAUGACAAUACACUGAAACCAUUUUGGAUUGUCGAAUUUGCCAAUGAAGAAUCAGCUAUUAAAUUUGCUUCGCGCUCUGUUAGUCUGCGCAGUAUAUAUGAACUAUGGGGCCACGCAAAUAACCUAAAAAUAUUCCAUGAAAAAUUACAAGAUAGUAUAAAGGCCAAAGAAAACUUUAUAAAUCCAUAUAGACAAAAAUCAUUCAAAAUCGUUGUUGAGACCUAUAACAAACACAUUUCGCAAAAGGAAAAAGUGGAAAAAAUUGAGACACUAGAGUACUUACCUUUUCGAGGUGAAGUCGAUUUGAAAACACCUCAAACAGAGUGGUGUUAUAUUGAAUUUUAUGGCCUAGAUCCAACUGCAGUUCCUUCUGAGCCAGACGAUAUACUUUUUGGGCGCCUUGUUGCCAAUGGUCAGCGAGAUCUCAUUAAGCAACUUUCCCUUAAAAAACGUAAAUUUAUUGGAAACACUAGUAUGGAUGCCCAGUUGAGUCUACUAAUGGUAAAUCAAGCUCUCGUUAAAAAUGGUGACUUAGUUCUGGAUCCGUUCGUAGGAACUGGAUCUCUUUUGGUGAGUGCAGCAAAGUUUGGCGGUUAUGUCCUUGGAGCCGACAUAGAUUUUAUGAUGCUCCACGGCCGUUCACGCCCAAGUCGAAUUACACAAAAAGUUCGUGAAAGGGAUGAAAGAGUGCGUGCCAAUUUAGAACAAUAUGGAUGUGGCGAUCGAUAUAUAGAUGUAAUAAUAUCAGAUUUCUCUAACCCGCUUUGGCGAGAAGGAGUUGAAUUUGAUGCCAUUAUAACAGAUCCACCGUAUGGCAUUCGGGAGUCGACUGAAAAAGUAGAUUCAAAGACGACUUCAAAGCAAAACACGCGAUCUAAAGAUAUGCCCCACUAUCCAUCUACCUCACAUUAUUCUUUACAUCAACUUUAUGUCGAUCUUCUUCAAUUUUCCGCACAUCACUUAAAACUAGGUGGACGCUUGGUGUGCUGGUUACCAUAUCAUAGAGAUGACUACACGAGCGAAAUGAUACCGCAACACAGUAGCCUAGAUUUGGUCGGUAAUUCAGAACAGCCACUUUCAGGACUAACUUCUCGUAGAUUACUGACUUAUGAAAAACGUGAUAUUAAUACACCUGACAGUGCCCAACUUUCAUGCCAGCUUUCAAAUUCGUACGAUUUUCGCGACCGGUAUUUUAAUAAUGCCCCAGAAUCGCGCACAGAGAGGCGCAUGCGAAAAGCAGAGCAACGUAAAAUUGGUCGAAUAGAGGCGCUAAAAAGAGGAAAAGUAAUUAUAGACAACAAAGAGGCAAAAAACAAUUUAAAUAAAUCUCGGUUUCAAUAAGA